GGUAGUUCAUGUAUAACCUAUACAUUAAACAAUUUAAAUCGAGGUUAACUUACAUCAAACCUGUACUUUGUUCUGUUUAUAAAGAAAACUUAUAAAGAAUAAGUGAAAAGACGUAUAUAGAAGACAAAAAUGGAUUUCCAAAAUCGACCUGGAGGCAAAACUGGUGGCGGAGGUGUUGCAUCAUGGUCAGAAAGUAAUCGAGAUAGAAGAGAACGUUUACGACAACUUGCAUUGGAAACUAUUGACCUCAACAAGGACCCGUAUUUUAUGAAAAAUCAUUUAGGGUCUUAUGAAUGUAAACUGUGUUUGACUCUUCAUAAUAAUGAGGGCAGUUAUCUGGCUCACACGCAGGGUAAAAAGCAUCAAGCUAACCUAGCCAGAAGAGCUGCUAAAGAAGCAAAAGAAGCCCCUCAGACACUUGCGCCUGAGAAACCUCGAGUAGAACCAAAAAAAUUUGUAAAAAUUGGUAGGCCAGGUUAUAGAGUAACUAAACAACGAGAUCCAGAAUCAGGACAGCAAAGUUUAUUGUUCCAAGUUGACUAUCCAGAGGUAGCAGAUAAUGUUAUUCCAAGGCAUAGAUUUAUGUCUGCGUAUGAACAAAGAGUUGAACCACCAGAUCGUAAAUGGCAAUAUCUAUUGUUUGCCGCUGAACCUUAUGAAACUAUAGCUUUCAAGGUACCUAGUAGAGAAGUUGAAAAAGCAGAGGGCAAGUUUUGGACACAUUGGAAUAAGGAUACAAAACAAUUCUUUUUGCAAUUUGCAUUUAAGAACGAAAAGCCUUCAGUUGGCAAAGUACCACCACCUCCUGUUCCUUUAAUACGACCUGGUUUAGGACCACCUAUGGUACCAGUUCCACCACCACCGAGACCACCUAUAUUUAAUCCAGUACCACCACCACCAGCACUUUUAGCUACAGGCAUGCAAAUACCUCCACCACCUCCACAUAUAGCAUAAUUUUCUUAUUUAAAUGCAACAAAACUAAAAAAAGAUACAAA